AUGUUUUCAAAACCUGCUUCAAUGGCUGCAUUCCCUCCACCUAGAUCCUUAUACCACCACCAUCUUCCUAAAAUCCAGCAUUCUCCCACUUCCUUGCAUAUCUCCUGCUCCACAACCACAACCACCACCACCACCACCACCAGUGUCAAGCCUGCUGCCCGCCAACCCGAACUACUCGUUGCUGAAUCGCUACGGAUCUUGAACCCAAGCACCCCUGUCACGCCCGCUUCGUUGCUCAAUGAUCCCAGCUUGAAAUCGACAUGGCCACAGCGUGCUUGGGUGGCGGGUGGAUGCACUACUGUCCUCAUUUCCCUGGCAAAGUCGAUUACAGGCUCUGCUGAGGCGCAUAUAUGGCUGGAGCCUAUUUUAGCAGGGCUGCUUGGCUAUGUGCUUGCAGACCUCGGCUCUGGAGUUUAUCACUGGGGCAUUGAUAACUAUGGCAGCGAAAAGACCCCUGUUUUUGGCAAUCAGAUAGAAGCAUUUCAAGGUCAUCAUAAAUGGCCAUGGACAAUAACAAUGCGUCAAUUCGCUAACAAUCUACAUGCUCUUGCUCGGGCAGUUACCUUCACAGUUCUUCCUAUAGACCUUAUCUGCAAUGAUCCGGUUCUUCUUAGUUUCGUUGGUGUUUGCUCGGGUUGCAUUAUGUUUAGCCAGCAGUUCCACGCGUGGGCUCAUGGCACAAAGAGCAAGCUGCCUCCGAUGGUAGUUGCCCUGCAGGAUGCCGGUGUGUUGGUGUCGCGAUCAAUGCACGGUGCUCAUCACAGGGCACCUUAUAACAACAAUUACUGUAUUGUUAGUGGUGUCUGGAAUCCGGCUCUGGACAAGUACAAGGUCUUUGAAGCCCUGGAAAUGGUCUUGUUCUUCAAGCUGGGAGUACGACCUCGGUCCUGGAGUGAACCUACCUCUGAGUGGACUGAAGAUACAGAAACUUCAUCUCUGAUUGUGCUGCAAUGA